UCUCUCUCUGCAUUUAAAUACCCUCAGAAAAUUUAAAAAAAAAAACCCACAUUUCAAUUCACUCACACCCAUUUAAACUCUUGGUUUCUAAACUAAACCACAACAAAAACAGAGCAUUUCUUGAAAAAAAAAACAGAGUAUUUUUCAAGAUUUUCAAAGAUCCUUCAUUUCUUACUCAUUCUUCAAUUUUCUUGAAUUUCUCUUGUGGGUUUUGAUCUUUUUAUCUUUCUUGAUAAAUCUUUAAACUAAAACACAACAAAAACAGAGCAUUUCUUGAAAAAAAAAGCACAUUCUUGAAAAACAGAGUAUUUUUCAAGAUUUUCAAAAGACCCUUAAUUUCUUACUCAUUUCACAAUCUUCUUACAUUUCUGUUGUGGGUUUUCAUCCUUUUAUCUUUCUUGAUAAAUCUUUAAUGGAUUCUUGUGAAAAAGACAAGAUCUUUAUAACAUUUGAUGGGCCAAUAAUAGUGGGUGCUGGCCCUUCUGGUAUAGCUGUUGCAGCUUGUCUUCAAGAAAAUGGAAUCCCAUCACUUGUUCUUGAAAGAAGUGACUGCAUUGCAUCUUUAUGGCAACACAAAACCUAUGAUCGGUUAAAGCUUCAUCUCCCUAAACAUUUUUGUGAGCUUCCAUUAUUUGGGUACCCAAAGAAUUUCCCAAAAUACCCUUCUAAAAACCAGUUUGUUUCCUACAUGUUGGCCUAUGCAAAACACUUUAACAUUGUCCCAAAGUUUAACCAGUUGGUGGAAAAAGCUGAGUUUGAUGGUGAAAAUGGUGUGUGGAGAGUGAGUACACAAGAUUGUGUGUAUGUGUCACGGUGGUUAGUGGUGGCUACCGGAGAGAAUGCGGAGGCGGUGGUGCCGGAGAUUCAAGGGGUUGAAAAGUUUGAAGGGGUGGUGAAGCAUACAAGUGAGUACAAAAGUGGUUGUGAGUUUAAAGAUCAAAGGGUUUUGGUUGUUGGGUGUGGGAAUUCUGGUAUGGAGGUUAGUUUGGACCUUUGCCGUUACAAUGCAAGUCCUUUUAUGGUUGUUAGAAACUCUGUUCAUGUUCUACCUAGAGAGAUGUUUGGAUUCACAACAUUUGGAAUAGCUAUGGCACUUCUCAAAUGGCUACCACUUAGAGUGGUGGACAGAUUAAUCUUGUUUAUGGCUAGUUUAACACUUGGAAACACCGAUAAACUAGGGCUUAAGCGACCAAAAACCGGCCCUAUUGAGCUUAAAAAUGCUACUGGAAAGACACCGGUGCUCGACACCGGUGCCUUGUCUCUUAUCAAAUCCGGUAACAUCAAGGUGGUGGAGCAAGGAGUGAGAGAACUCACUAGAAAUGGAGCAAGAUUUAUGGAUGGUCAAGAAAUUGCAUUUGAUUCUAUUGUUUUGGCAACAGGAUACAAGAGCAAUGUGCCAUUUUGGCUCAAGGGAAGUGAUUUUUUCACCGAUGAUGGAAUGCCGAAAACGCCUUUCCCAAAUGGAUGGAAAGGAGAGAACGGGUUAUACACGGUUGGGUUUACCCGAAGAGGUCUUCUUGGUACAACAUGUGAUGCGCUUAAAAUUGCUAAAGACGUUACAGAUCAAUGGCGGAACCUGACAAGCAAUUCAAAGCACGAGUUUAGGUUAAAGUCAUGUAAUGAUCAAUAAAAGAAAUAAGAGAUAAAUAGGGUUUUUAUUUUUAUUUAGAUGGUGCAGUGGCAUUAUUGUACUUUUUUUUGGGGGGAGUGGGGGUGAGGGAGGUUGUUAAUUUUCUAGUUCAAAUGCUUGCAAAACAACAUUGUCUUUUAGGUUCAAAAUUUCUGAUGUUCUUUUGUUACUUGAGGGGUGGUGGGGUUAGAUUGUACAUUGACAAGUUUUGUAAUUCACUCUUGAAGUUCUUUUAUUCCUUUUAGUGCA